UGAGUGACACAGACAAAGACUGAGUGCUCUGAAAUGGUCCAUUUGAUUCCUGGUGGUGUUUCCUUCAGAGUGAGAAACAUCUGCCCUGCGGAGCGGCUCCGUCUAAACUCUGGAGGCUGGAUUCACCCAAAUAUCGGAGUUGGAGAGACCAUGUUUUAUUCCGCAGAAGUCUUUUAGGAAACCACAGUGGGGGAAAACACAGUUUGGACACGCCCCUCGACCAAUGAGAUCGCUCUUCCCGCCUCCAUCCGGAUCCUUUGGAAAUCCGCUUCCUUGUUUUGGGAUGGGAACACACACACACACACACACGGCUUGUCAGAGAGCAGAGAGAGAACUUCUCACUGAGGAGCUGACAGAGUGUGUGUGCGGAUCUCAGCCUCUGGUUCUCGGAAAACUCCAGAAUAACUUCCCUCCGACUCCUCUGAGGAAACGUUGGACUCUCCGGACUGUUUUCAUCUUUAUUUGACUCUUCUGGACUGCACCGGGCUUCUCUCACAGGCUCUGGUGUUUUCCUGGUGAUGACCUCACUGCUGUUUCCUGCCCACGCUGCGAUGAAGGACCUCUCCUCUUCCUCCUCUCCUCUCAGCACCCUGCUCCACUACCCGAACUCCAAGUCCUCCGUGGCACCGUUCUCUCCAUCUUCCGGUACCGCAUCAUCGCCAACGAUAUCCUCCAAUCCCAUCUCCAAACCUCAGCCUUUCUGCCUCCAGACGGGACCUCACCUCAUCGCUAGCAUGCAGCUUCAGAAACUCAACUCUCACUACCAGAACCUCGCCGGUGCUUCUACGGGACACCAAGCGCCUGGAGGAGCUCAAAGGGGAUUCGGUGCCUCGCCUCUGGGCACGGGAAACCAGAUUCUGGGCCCCUCUGGAGGUCUGGGUGGAGGUGGGAUGGGCGUUGGUAUGAACAUGGGGAACCAAAGCACCAGCACAGGUGCGUUAAUCGAUUUUGACCCCGUGGACGAGGAGGUUCUCAUGUCACUGGUCGUUGAGCUCGGUUUGGAUCGAGCCAACGAGCUGCCUGAACUCUGGCUCGGUCAGAACGAGUUCGAUUUCAUGUCAGACGUACCGGCCGGAUGCUGACCAAACGAGGAGAAAAAAGACUUUCGAGACGCAAAGAGACAAAGAGAGAGAAGACUUUGCUCUGUUUUGUUGGUCCCUUUCCUUUUCUGGGUCCAUACAAGUGAAGAGACGCUGAGUCACAAAGAGAAAGACGGAUAAGAGAAGACAGCUUUUGUUUUGUUGUUUUUUAAAGCAGGAAGAGAGAAAACUGUUUUUGUUCGAUUCUAUCAGUGCACUGUUUUUCUCUACGAUCAAACUGAUGGUAGAAAAACCAACCUGAUGGGAUUAAGAAGUCUUUUGUUGCCUCGUUGCACUGUUUCGUUCGGCUUAAUGAAAAACAGGCUGGUUGGAGACGUUUGGCGCUCUCUGGAAACACCACGUAAAGAAGACGCACCUGUUGGACUUUAACGGUGCUGUAUUCUCUUUAAAAAAAAAAAACAUGACAUUAUGGGAGAUUUGUGAAGCAUGACAAACACUACGGUUCCUGUUUUCUUGAAGGACAAUAUUAGACUCACGGGAAAGAGAGUCCCGUCUCGCCCUCACACAGACCACAAAGACAGCGAUUGUCUGAGAACUGGUUAUCUCAAUGUUCUGUUCUUUCUUUCCUUUUUUUAGUUUGAAUUAACUUCAACCAUCUUAUUCACAGAACAUGUUAUUUAAGACAGUGGCUGAUAUCCAUCCGGACUUCUUGACAAGGAGUGCUUCUGUGCCGCGUCUAUAAUCAGUCUGAACAUAAUGAAUUAGAUGAAGGGAUGUUGAAUCUUUCGGAGCAUGGGACCUGAAUGGAGUAAAUUGUUUCUCUCUCUGGAAGCAGCCUCGUUUAAACCGAUCGAGGCCUUUUUGGUCAUGUGAGAUGCUGAUGUAUGUUUUGUUUUCUGGCCUGCAGUGUAAGAACAUUGACCCGUUUGGUGUCUGUGACCCUUAAUAGCACUUCCUCUAUCAUUAAAUAACAAGGUCUUCUCAACCGAAAGGCAAUAAUAGACAAAUUCAAGUGCUGUGUGUUUUUCCUGUUUCACCACUUUCAUGUUUGUGUCAAAACAGUUUGUUUAGCCCCAACGGACCUUUACAUCAUAUCAGUGUUCCUGAUAAGGAAGUGUUUUCUGUCGGGUCAUCGUCAGGCCUGCAGACUGCUGUUUGCACACUUUGCAGGACAGAUUUGAAGUUGAACACACACUGUGGUUUGGCUUCAGCAGUGCAGACUUUAGGGUGGUUCAAGUCGGACCAAAGUGAGAUAAAUAACAUCUCAACAAGUAGCAUUGUGCCUAACAACCAUAUUUAAAGACCCCAUCCUUGUUGAACAAUUGUAUACUGAGAAAUAUCAAAAUAAAAGACUAUUGUUUUUGAUUUGACACUUGCUAGCUAGCUAUCGCUCUCUGCUAACAUGUGACUUACUUGGGGAAACGUUAGCAUUAGCUUGACAGUAGAUCUGUAUGGAAAGCAAGCGGCAAAACUCUUACAAAAAAACAAACAUCUAUUGUGAAAUAUACUUUAUAAUAUCACUUUAAAAUAGUAGUUUUACCAAACAAUGCCAAUUCAAACUCCAGCUUUUUCUGUGGCUCUUUUUUCGAUAUCAUACAAGUAAACAUUUAAGCUAACGUGGAAGCUAACACUAAAUCAUAAGAGCUACUGAGCUCACAUAUCAAAUCAAACUCAAUAACAAGAUUGCUUGUCUUUGGGUCAAAUUAGACCCGUUUCCCCAAUUAUUUUCAUUUUAUUUUAUUAAAAUGUCGAGCAUCUGGGGUCAAUUUUUGUUGAAUUAGUCAAAAUCGUUGCCUUUUUUAAACUCAGAAAUGAGGUUUGAACUUGUGUAAAUGAAGUCUAUUGACCGUACAUUUAGAAUAAAGUUGGCUCAAAAGGUAAUUAUUUAUACUAGAUGCUUUAAAAACAGGGAAACCCUGAGGACAAAAGUUGCACAGUUGAUAGGAAGACAACACAAGGGUUGAAUAGUGAAGCUGAAUCCUUCAAUACUAAAUAUCAAAACAAAGCUAGUUCGCUGCAAGUAAAUGAUAUAUUUCUAAUUUGCAUUUCCCUUGUUUGACCAACAUGAUGCUGCCGUAGUUAACUCUCCAUUUACCAGGUGUUUUUUUGCACACUUGUGGUUGGGAAAUACCCACGGGUUAAACUGACACCCACACCUCCACCUCUUCCCACCUAUGGCAGCUGUACUGUGCUGUUUCAAGCUGUAGAUUGAUCCACGUUAGCACGGGGGCUCUGACCCAUAUCUGUAGUGGUAAGAAGAGACGGGGCUCGAACUGUGAAGCGGGAACAAAGGCCUUUCACUCUCAACCUGGUGUGUCUGUCAUCCCGGGCAUUGUGGGUCUUCUCUUGGACCACACACACAUGAAAUAACACACCUGUUCAUAUGCACGCAACACACUGAAACUACGUAUAAACUUUAAAGGCAUCGAAAAAUAAACCCAGCACACAUGCACACGCGGGAUGGUAUUACAGCAGGGAAACGGGAGUAGCAGCCAUGAAACAGGCACUUGUUCAGUUACACACACACACACACACACACACACACACUUUACAGGUUGUUGGUUGGUGUGUCUGUGUGAGAAGAGAUAGUGAUGUCAGAGUGUCUGAAAAUGCAAUUGUGCGUAAGGGGAAACUAGCAGGUAUUACGUCUGCGGGAAAACUGCGGAAAAAACCCGCCGAGACUCAUUAAUUUAUUUAGAUUUAGACAGGUCAGUUUACACACACUCAACAAGUCCCUGCACACAUGCUUCCAAACAUCAAUUUUGACGUCGAUUAUAGGUCUCGGUUACACUCAAUGAACUUCCUUUUCCUUUCUUUAAUGAAACGCGAGAAGCAGUGAAUAAUGAAAACCCGAUGAAGGAGUGAUUUGACAGAAUCCUUUCUUUAAAAAAAAAAGGGAUUUCCCCGCUUUUAUUGAAAGGAAUAAAGACGUUUCUCAUCGCCUCAAAAUCCAAAAGACAGGCGCGCUGAUUCACUUAUGCUCCAUCUCAUCGCCUAAGUGGGUCAAAAUAACAUUCUUCACAUUGAGACAGUCUUGUGUUUGUUUCCAUCUGCUCGAUGUUUGUGUGUGUGUAUGUGCGCGCGCGCGUGCGUGCAUGUUGUUUUGUGGUCCAGCCUUGAUCCCAGCUGAGUGAAUGUGUUCUUUUUGUUGUUGCUUUGCCUCCUCCUCCGCCUCCCAUGAGAAGUUGCCUAAUCGAGAUGUUUGAAUCUUCUGAGGGUUUUGAUUUCCUCUUCUCCUUGACGCCCGAUAUUGCAGUUUAACCCCGGCGGUGACCUUUUGAACCCAAAUAUACCUCAUAGCUAUUUGGUUUCUAAUGACAAAAACGUAACUCCACGCAAAAAUAUUCCUAAUUUUUUGUUUAAACCGAGCCUGGAAUACCACAAAAGUGUAUUGUGGCAACUAAAUGAUGACAGAAAACUACCUUAAACUGUUUGAAUUGCAUGGUGUUGGUAAAACUACAAAUCUUAAACCCAAUACAGAUCAUUUUCCGAAGUAAACUACAAGUUUUAAGUCUGACUUCCUGUCUUUUUUAAUAAAGGUCAUAUUUUUACCAAGUGCUAAUAUCUUUGCCAUCUAGGACACUUCAAUCAACAGAAAACUAACCAACCAGUUUGAUAAUGGAUUUUUUGAUACAGCAGAGUUUGCUUAUUCCUUAGAAGAAGAUGCCACAUUCAAUAGCCUAUUAAGGGCAACAAAAUCGCAUAACAAAAUGUCCUUAACUCUCAAACUAACACGUUAGAGUAUAUUUCUGUUUAAACCUCACAAAACGGAGAUGUUAAGACUAUUACACUGUUUUCACCAUAACAGGACAUACAAACCCUUCCUAAUUCACUUGUUUUAGGAUGUUGGGAUUCUUCCUGCUCUUUGUAUCUGCGUCUCAUGGUCUCUACAACACAUCAAGUGGAUUUACGGUUUCCAUUUUGACAGCAGUGAUUUGUAGCCUCCGAGCCUCAGGGUCAUGAAAAAUGUUCCGGCACAUCAAGGCCCGUGAAAAGCCUCGACAUGAGCCGUGAUGUAUCUGUAAAAGGUCGCUGUUACAAGGUUCCCUCUCCACACGUAAUGAAAAUGUUCCGCCACUGAGGUCUGCUUGUGAAACUGAAGCAGACUCUGAUUGAAUCAUCAUAUUCACGUUAAAACAUGUGACUUGUUUUUACAUGCAGUCUGUUUCCUUUCUUUUAUGUUUUUCUAAUGAUGGAAUGAAUAUUAUUCAAAGAUGAUUUUUAAAGCACUUUUGCUCAACGGCUCUCUCACUUGUACAUCUAUAUGAAUAUGUAAAUGAUUGAUAUAUAACAAAAAAAAAGCUUGUAUUUUUGUUACGGCUCCGAGUUUUGGGGGGGAAAUAAAGAAAGUGAAAAUGUAA